AGCAAGGUAGGCUGAACGCUGGUCACCCCAGGCUCUUGUGGAUGGAGUGCAGACGGUACAGCCGGGGCCCCGGGGGAAGCAGGAGUCGGACGGGCCACGGACAGGAUGCAUAGCGGAAGGGCCCCUCCUCAGCCUCUGUGGACAUAGAUUUCCUGACGUGAAUGCGUUAAUGUGGGGUUUAUCUAGCUGUGCAUUUUGUGGAGCCUGUUCUUUUUUUUUCUUCGUGUAGAUAUAACGGUGUCGUGUGUGUUCAGCACACUGGGUGUGAGCAGACAGAACUUGUGUCCAUGCCGUCACAUUGGAGAGCUUGUGGGCGCCUAUGUGUGUCCCAGGUUCAGAGUGUAAAUGAUGGAAAGGCAGCCUCCUAUGUAAUGUGACCUUAGAAGCUGCCUUUGUCAUACUUGAAUCUUCUGCUGCAAGGGGCUUGCCGUUUUUCAUGUUGUGUUGGCCAUUUACUUGCCCCUUCAGCCCCCUCUACCCUUCCUCCUGUCUGGAUACAUGAAGCGUUGUAAGUCAGACGAAUUGCACCCCGAGGAGGUGGCUGCUGCACAAGAUGCACCUUUGCCACCCACUGUCAUGGAAGUGCGAGGAUCCGAUUGCCCAUCGCCUGGGGAUGUGGGCUCAACAGGACCAUCUGUCCCCCCGGUACCCCCUGUCUACACACGGAACAAACCGCCAGACCUCAAGAAAAUCCAGCAGCUUUCUGAGGGAUCAAUGUUUGGACACGGACUGAAGCAUCUCUUUCAUAGCCGGCGGCGUUCAAAAGAGCGGGAUCAUCAGGCUUCCUCAGAACCCCAGGUUGCUUGCUCAACCCCAGGUCCUCAAACCCCACAUGCAUCCCAAUCUGCCCCUUUAUCAUCUUCUGACCAUGACUCUGCAGAUGAAAAAGAGCGAUCUCCAGAAAUGCACCGAGUGUCUUAUGCUGUCUCUUUGCAUGAUCUGCCAGCACGGCCAACUGCCUUCAACCGUGUUUUACAACAGAUUCGCUCACGUCCUUCUGUAAAGAGAGGCUCUGGACAGCACGGAAGUGGCAGGCGGAGCAAGAGUGGACCUGGAGAAACUGCUCAUCAUCACCAUCACUCACAGUUGCGUGGAGGGAGUCCUCACCUUCCCCGUCGUCCUCCACCAAUGGAUGGUGGUUUAGCUGCAGUAUUACACCAUCACCAAGGCAGACCACGUUCUUCCUCCACCACUGAUGCUGCACUGUUAGCUGGAGGUGAUACAGCUGGUGCUGGCAGUUUUGCACAUGAGGACCAGGACAGAGCAAUAGAAAAGCAAUCUGACAAAGGGGAUUUGAGUACACUGAGUCUUCCCCCCAGUGCACUUCAUGGAGGCUCCGAAGGAAACAUUAGCCUGGAAGUCCCCGAAGGGGCACCAGAUCCACAGCGCACUAAAGCAGCCAUGGACCAUCUACACCAAAAAAUCCUUAAGAUUACAGAACAGAUAAAGAUUGAACAAGAGGCCAGGGAUGAUAAUGUGGCAGAGUAUCUGAAAUUGGCCAAUAAUGCAGACCGACAACAGGCCUCUCGCAUCAAGCAGGUGUUUGAGAAGAAGAACCAGAAAUCUGCACAAACAAUUGCCCAGUUACACAAAAAAUUGGAACAUUAUCAUAAGAAACUGAAGGAGAUUGAACAAAAUGGUAUAUCACGACAGCCAAAAGAUGUCUUGAGGGACAUGCAGCAAGGACUAAAAGAUGUGGGAGCCAACGUGCGGGCAGGCAUUAGUGGCUUUGGUGGAGGCGUAGUAGAAGGUGUUAAGGGGGGGCUUUCUGGCCUGUCACAAGUCACGCACACAGCAGUGGUGUCAAAGCCCAGAGAGUUUGCUAGCCUUAUUCGCAACAAAUUUGGCAGUGCUGACAACAUUCCCCAUCUAAAAGAUGGCAUAGAAGAAGACAGUGAGACACAAGGGGGUGCAAGAGCACUGAGUGGCAGUGCAACUUUGGCACCAAGUCCCAAGUAUGGGAGUGAUGAUGAAUGCUCUAGUGCUACCUCAGGCUCAGCUGGAGGAGGAAGUAAUUCUGGGGCUGGACCUGCAGGACCUGGUAGCCCAAGAUCUAACACUCUAGAUGGACAUCACCAUGGGCACCAUGGGGGCUUUGAUGCCAUUCUUGAGGAACUCUGUGAAAUCAAGGAUGGGCAGAGUCAUCUUGAGGAUUCAAUAGAUGACCUAAAAUCACAACUGCAGCGAGACUACAGCUACAUGACACAGUGUCUCCAAGAAGAGCGCUACAGGUAUGAGCGUUUGGAAGAGCAGCUUAAUGAUUUAACAGAACUACAUCAGAAUGAGAUGACUCUGCUUAAACAGGAGCUAGCCAGCAUGGAGGAGAAAGUUGCUUAUCAGUCGUAUGAACGUGCCAGAGAUAUUCAGGAAGCUGUGGAGUCUUGUCUCACCCGUAUCACUAAACUAGAGUUACAGCAACAACAGCAACAGGUUGUCCAGUUAGAAGGGGUGGAAAAUGCCAAUGCUCGUGCUCUACUAGGCAAGUUCAUCAACGUGCUGUUAGCUCUCAUGGCUGUCCUUCUAGUUUUUGUAUCCACGGCUGCAAGUUUCAUCACACCAUUGAUGAAAACACGCCUACGCCUUUUGUCAUCUCUGCUCUUCCUCCUCUCACUGCUCACCCUCUGGAGGCACUGGGACUGCAUUACUUAUGGUCUAGAACAUGUUCUCUUGCCAAGCUGAUCCCUCAUCCUUGAUAUUUGUAACUCACACCAAUGUUCCCUCUCGCUGCUUCUGAAAAGAAGAAUCAGCUUAUUGGAAGAUGCUGGCCAAUUACUUCUUUACAUAUAUAACUGAAUGAAACUGUAUAUGCAUAUGUUAACAUACCUAUGUAGAGCUUUUUAUUUAAUGGCAGCUAUUUGGCACAACCAUGUGAAAUGUGAAGGCUAUUUAUAGGUUCCUCUAUUGUAGAUCUUCAAAUAACAAUGAAAGUAUGUAAAGGAACACUUUGUUUACAAAAUAUGUAAAGCAGAUUGAAUGCUUUUAUGGAAUGCCUGUGGAAUGGCACAUUUGGUAAAAGGUCCCUGCAUUAUUUUAUAUUAUGUUUUGCAAAGCUUUGAUUGAGUGAAGCAGUAAUCGGUAAUGCAAUCAAGGUUGAAUUCUUUGAAUUCUGAGUUUGAGAAGUAAUAAUAAGGUGUACAAUGAAUGGAUUGUGAGUUUCUGCAAUACCUCUCAUGAAACUCACCUUUUAUUUUAAAUACUUAUAAGGACAUGUCUGUAUAGUAAUGUGACUCCCUCCCUCUCUGACUUAUGUAAUUUAACCAGGCAUCAAGUAUUGAUUUUUCCUAACCUACCUUCCUUAAUGACUUUGCAAGAGGGUGACUGCUGUAUGAAUGCUGCAUAGUCAGCAUUACAAACAUCCAAAAAUGUAAAACUUUAUACAUAGCAAAAGAGCAUUUGUUUAAAUGUUUUCAUUUACUUUAAUGAAAAUGCAAUAACUAUAACAGAUUUUUAAUGUUGGUUAGUGCUUUACUGCACUAGCUUAUUGGAAAUACAUCAGUGGUUCUCUUUUAUAUCCAGCAGAUUGGCCUGGUAUCAUAACAUACAGUAUUUAGAAUGCAGUUUAAAAUUGCAUUGUAUUCAAUUUAUCUGUUUCUGUUGAGACAGGCUUGCCUGUUGUACACACGAGGAGUGCAUAUUUAUUUAUUUAUGUAUUUAUUUAUUUGUCUGUUUAAUCAUUUAAAUAGGAUUUCAGAUUAAUGUGCAUCUGUGGCCUAUUCACACACAUCUACAGGUUUAAUAUUUGGGAGAGCCCAAAAAAAAAAAACACAAGACAACAGACACUCAACACCACCUGUGUUAAACAACUUUAUUUCACUAUUUUAGAUUAUAUUUUUACAUUUUAAACAGAUGUACGGUAUGUAUACAUAAUUUGAGGGUGGAAGGUCUUCCUUUAAAAUGUAUGUGUACAUAUCUCAAGUUUGUCUAUUUUAAGUGGAAGACUUUUUAUCAUUGUAUUUCAAUAAUGUUUGGGAAGGCCAUUUAACAGCCUUUACCUUGUCCCUCACUUAUUUCAUGUAACAGAAAGUGUCACAAGGCAAGGUCUGUGUGUUAUAUUCUUUUGCUUCUCAAAGAAAAUAAAAUGUGCACACUGCAUAAACAUUUCUUGAUCAAA